AUGACCCAGUUUGAGGAGGUCCUGGACGGAGUGCGGCUGGCUCUAACCUGGGCCUCUCCCGCCGAGAUCCAAGCACUCCUGGAGGAUUUGGUGGAAGGGCAGAUAAUUUCGGAGGCCUACGGCAAGAGCUUGAUUUGGCAGCAACUUACUGAGGGGAUCUCACCUGCGGCGUGUAAAGUGGGAUCUGAUCUGAGAGGAUCGACCACACAUUGGCACCUCGACCAAGGUCAGCUCAGCCAGGUGAAGAAUUUAGGGUCAGGAAAGUCUAUAGGAAGGGCUGUAUCAUCAGUGGGUGAGCAUGUCAGCAUGAGGUCUAGGCUAAAAAUUCAUCUACUUUGUGAACAUCAAGUUGAUCCAAGACUAAAUCAAGAAUUGAGGGGAGGACCGGUGACGGACGAAUGCUUCAAUCUCUUUUCUACCCCGAUGGGACGUGACAACCAGUGCAGUCUUAUUUUUGAUGACGAAAAUACAGAACUGCUGAGGAGUGCAGAAUUAAUGCAGAAGCCAGUAAGUGAUAAUGAAAGAGUGUUUAAGGGGAAUUUGGAAGAUGAGAAGGAGUGGUUAGAGCAGGUAGAGGAGGCGGCUAGGAGGAUAGCUGUUCCUCUGUGGCAGCACUGGGACAGAGGACAGAAGAUGCUGCUGCCACUGGUUCCUGCCAGCAUGACUGCUGCCAGCUGUGCAACAAGUGAAAACACAGCGCGAGACGGCAAAGCACAAUGCCCUGUUUUUAAUAUGGAAGAGGAAACAGAGCUUGCAGUCGCUUGCAGGACAUUAGACUUGUACGCUGACAACUUUGACUACACAGAGGUGGGGAUCACUGACCCGAGCUUCACACUGUGUACAGACGGAGCAGCAAAAGGCCUCUGUUUCUCGACAUAUGACUCUGUGGCGACUACUGGACUGAAUCAUUUGAAUAUCUCCGGAGCAGAAAGAAAUGCUUCACCUGCUCAAGCCUGUGCAGCAACAGUCACAAACAUCACAGACAGGCUGCAGGGCAUUCUGGAUGCCUGCCGGGUAGCUGACAGUACAACAGAAGUGGACCUGCUCUGCUUGAUGGAAGGCGCACAAUGUGGCACGGAUGCGGAAUUUACAGAAGAUAUUGCACAUUUGAUUUCUCCAUGUGCACCAACAGAUACUCAAACUGACGCACAAGAUGACUCUUUUUACUCCAGCGUGGAUCAGAGCAUGACAUUAGACAAUGUAGAAAAUGUUUGCAGGGCUGAGGAGAGGGUGGACUCACAGUGGGGUGCCAAGAUGCAGGACGUCAGUCAGGACCCGUUUCUCUGUUUGGGAGAUCUACCAGAUGAUUUAUCGGAAUUCCUGAAUGAUGAUUACCUUGGGAAGUUUGUGGACACAGGAGCGCUCUUUGACGAUCCCUGUCUCAACUGUGAGGAAGAACUCAUCACCUGCUGUGAUCUUCCCCCGCCAAUGGAGCUGCCCGGCUUUGACAGCCUUCAGCAGAUACAGGAGGACAAAGUUACAAGCACAACAAACACCAGGAGAAAAAGAUCCAGAGCUUCCCGAUCACAGCCACGCACUGAUGAGAACACACCAUCUAGGCCGAAAAGGCAGAAAAGAGCAGGUCGACCAAAAACCGAAGAGCCACAGGCUGAGCUGACUGUCACUCAAGACGCUGACACAGGGUCAGAGCUGAGUUCACCAGAGACGGCGGCCCCCCCAUCCACUCCCCCAAGAAUCCUUCAUCUCCAUCCCUCCAUUCAGUUCAUCACCAUCCCAGACAAUCCGGGAUAUCAGGUUGUUCAGACACUGAGUCUCUCUCCUCCAGUUAUUACACUUCCACUCCCCAACACAGCUGCUGCGCCUACUUACAUUUUAGUUCCUGCUGCUUCACCACCCUUCAAACGCCAAGUGCCACCCCUCUCCCCGAUUGACGGUGCAGUUGCACCAGUCCAGAUGAGUUCAUCCCCAUUAGGAUCUCUGUCGGAAACCGCUAGCAAAGCCAUGUCUCCCACUUGUACCUCACCCCAGUCUCCUAGCAUUGAGAUGUCUGCAUGUAAGGAGUCACCCCUUCCUCAGUCUCCCACUGUCACUGACAUUCCACUUGUAAAGGACUACAUCCAGGAAGCCAAAGCCCAUAUGAGUCAAACCUGCCAGGAUAUGGAGGCAGGCCUUAGCCUGACCUCUCAUUAUGUGGAUGUGCCAGUGAGCCAGAGAGAGACUCGCUCUGGAAAAAGCACAAACAAAACCCUGGAUAAGGAGCUUAUCAUCAUGGGAGACACUGAUCGGCAAAAGACCUUGCUGGGGCCGAGUCAGAUCUUCGAAGGCUCAAAUGGAGACAAACCCAAACGCUACAUAGCGCUACUUGGCAAUGCUGGUAUGGGAAAAACCACCCUGAUCAGGAAGCUGUGUCUCGACUGGUCCAGGGACUGCAUCCCACAGUUUGACUUUGUCUUCUUAUUAGAUGGAAAAUCACUCUCUUUAACAGAGGCGACCUUUAGCCUUAAGACCCUCCUCCUAAACCUCUCCUCCUUUGCUCCUUCCUGCAUGGACCCCGAGGCAGUGUACACUCAGAUCCUCGCAGCCCCUAAGCGCGUGCUGAUCAUUUUUGAUGGGUUUGGCGAGUUGCGGGACUUUGAAACUCUUCUCCAGACUCAGGAAAAAGACAUUAUAGCAUCAUUGCAGAAAGACAGUAAAGCACAGAACUUCACAGUAAGACAUUUAUACUCUGGCAUCCUUCAGAGGAUCCUCCUUCCAGGCUGCACUCUUCUGCUCUCGACACGGCCAAAAGGCACUGCCACCCAGCUACUCCGGCGGACAGACAGCAUUUUGGAGGUGUGUGGCUUCAGUCCCACAGACGUAGAGACAUAUUUGUCUCAGUACUUCACUGAUCCUGACCUCAGAGCAUCUGCUUUGCACUGCUUAAAAAAUUGCAGCUAUCUCCACCUCCUCUGCUGGAACCCUGGACUGUGUCGGUUAGUCUGCUUGGUUUUAGAACAGUGCAGAAGUUCAGAGGACCUCCCGAGAACUUUAACUGGACUCUGCCAUCAAGUGCUUCGUCUGAUAAUGGAAAUGGACAGAAAGAGCAUGCACUCACAGGCUGAAUCUCAGUCAGAAACAUCUAUGCAAACAGAAGAAGAAGCCCAGACAGAAAUCUCAAGUAGUUCUCAAGCAAAAACGCAGCACAAAAACACUCGGAGAAAGUCCAGAGCACAAGUUCGCCCUGGCUCGCGCACCCAACGAGCAAGGAGGACAAAAGAACAGGACAAAGAGGAAGAUGAUGGCGAUGGGGAGGGGAUGAGGAGUGCUGGAGAGGAAGCAGACAGAACAGAGGAGAAAGAGUUGCUGUCCCAGCUGAGUUCUUUGGCCUGGGAGUCAGUCAAAGCAAACACCUGCACCCUCCCCACAGGACGAACCAUAUCAGCCAAACUCAAGGCGUUUGGCCACAGGACAGGGCUUUUCUUCUCUUGCCACCUGAGGGCGGGGCAGGUUGUCGCAAGUGGUGAGACAGAGGGAGGGGGAAGAGAGGAUAGUGAAGAAAUGGGAACUGGAAAGAAAGGAAAAAAGGGGACAGUCUCUGAACAUGCUGACACUAGUGAUGACCACAUCCUGUUGUGGGCCAAUCCUUUUCUUCAGAGUUACCUGGCAGGGGUGCAUUUGUCUCUAUCAAGGACUAUAACAGACCGUGCCUUUCAUCCAACCCUCCCUUUCCAGUCAGGCCAGAAGGGACGUCGGAGACCCCAAAGGGAGGAGCUUGAGCUCACUCAGCGAUUUGCAGUCGGACUCCUGUUCCACGACAGAACAGAGCUGCGGAGGCUUCACUCACACACAGAGAAAACCUUCAGAGAUAUGGUCACCGCCAAGCAGGCUUUAGUAACAAAACACCUUGAGGGUCUUUCCUACAGUGACCUGAGCCCCGCCCAGGUCCUGGAAGCAUGUCACUAUGUGUAUGAGGCGAACUCCACGCAUGGUGAUGGUAACAGAGACAGUGGCAGCACACAAUUAGUUGCCCACCUGGCAGCAAAUCUUCCGGAAGUUCUGACAUUUCGUGGAGUUCCACUUAAGCCGUCGGACGUGUUCGCUGUGCAGCAUGUUCUCGAAAAGGGUGGAACUGAAGGUAGAAGGUUCUGUUUGGAUCUGGAGGAUUCGGGGAUACAGAUUUCUGGACUCAGAGCUCUCGUAGGGCUCCACAACAUCAACACAUACAGGGCAUGCAUUGCUGAUGUCAUCACCUUAUGGGAGCAGUUAGAGCAGAGUGGUGAAGAAGGUCUCCUACAGGAGACGGUGUCCAAAUUCAAGAUCCAUCCUCUGAAAGCCACACAGGUGUGUCACAUAGAGCACCUGGCAAAGCUGGUGAACAUACAUGUGCACAAGAGGCUGUCAGACAGUUCCAGCCAAUCAGAUUCAAUCCUGGCAGAGGGAAUACCAGCCGUCAAAGAGCUACGCAAGCUGGAGUUUGAGCUUGGUCCAGAGAAAGGUCCACUUGCUCUUCUCAAGCUGUGGGGGCUCCUGCCUGAUCUACAAAACCUCCAGCACUUAGAUCUAGAAAACAGCAAGAUAGGUGACAAAGGAGCAGAGAAACUGGCCGAUGCUUUAGUCUCACUCUGUUCUCUGGAGAUACUCAAUGUGUCACAGAACUGUAUCGGAGACCAGGGGAUGAAGAGACUGGCAACCACACUGAGGGAUCUGCCCAAACUGCACUGUUUAAGUCUCUACAGUAACGUGAUUUCUGAUGAAGGGGCAGAGAGUUUAGCAGCUGUCCUCCCACACAUGGCUUCGCUCACUGACCUGGAUGUGAAGUACAACAAGCUAACAGACGUUGGCGCACAAAGCUUGGCAGCCAGUCUGAGAAACUGUAAGAAAAUGAAAACACUGAGGAUGUGGAACCAGUGUAUUCCAUACGGAGUGUUUGAGAGGCUUCAACACCAGGACAGCCGGAUCCAGUCCUGGCAGUAGAGCCACAUGAAACCUCCUUACCAAAAUGAACUUUUUAUCAUGCGUCUCAAACAUACAUGUUUACACUACACAAUACAUUUUCUAAAACAUUUAUGUUGAAGAAAAAGGAACAAAGUGAAAGCGUGAGAAAGUGAAAGUGCACUAAAAGAAACUAAAAAUGAAGUUCUUUGCUGCUUUAGUCAACAUUUGAUCUUGCCAGAGUCUUCCAAAGAUCCCACUUAGUGCCACAGGGAAGUAAUUCAUCCUUCAGCAUUACACAGUGUUGCAUGUGUGCACUGUGUGAGUGUGUUGUAAUUCUUGGUACAAUUUCAAGAAGCUCAUUUGCACUAUGAUAUGUGACUUUAUGUUGGUUGGUCUUUUUGUUACGCUGUUUUUAUCAAAUGUCUGCUACCAUGUGUUGUUUUUGUGACAUGAACAGUAUUUUUGUUUGCACUUCUCUCUGUUGGCUGUUAAUGAAACAUUGCUUAACAAUCACCUGGCACUUUAUUUUACAUAAAAUGUCUCAUCUUGUCA